CAAAAACCCUUUCCAAAAUGCAUUUCGCUCUAUCUCUUCCUCGCCCCUCUCGACCACUUCUCUCUACUUCGAUCCUCUCCCCCUACUUCUCUUCUUCUUCUUCUGCAACAGUAGAUUUUGAUGGGACCAACAUUGGCUCUCGAUGGAAGCAGAUCUCCUACAACUUCACCAGGCCAGUGAUCAGUCUUUUUGUUGCUUUUUAUCUAGCAUGCACGAGUAAAUUGCAUGACUCGGUCGUGGUCCCGCAAAAGCUGUUCGCAUCAGUCACCAUGGGAGAGGAAAAGCCUUUUGAUUUUCUCCGCACUUUGUUUGAGGGUGUUAUCGCCGGAGGCACUGCUGGUGUUGUUGUUGAAACAGUUCUAUAUCCGAUUGAUACAAUAAAGACAAGGCUGCAGGCUGCUCGUGGUGGAAGCAAAAUUGAAUGGAAGGGCUUGUAUUCCGGAUUGGCUGGCAAUAUAGCUGGAGUGUUACCGGCAUCUGCUGUAUUCGUGGGCAUAUAUGAGCCUACGAAACAAAAGCUACUGGAAAUAUUUCCUGAAAAGUUUAGUGCAGUCGCUCAUCUGACUGCAGGGGCCAUUGGCGGGGCUGCUGCUUCUCUUAUCCGUGUUCCUACGGAGGUGGUUAAACAAAGGAUGCAGACCGGACAAUUUAGCUCAGCUCCAGAUGCCGUUCGUCUUAUUCUUGCAAAAGAAGGCUUCAAAGGUCUUUAUGCUGGCUACAGUUCCUUUCUGUUGCGAGAUCUACCAUUUGAUGCCAUCCAGUUUUGUUUAUAUGAGCAGCUUCGAAUUGGAUACAAGAUUGCGGCAAAACGAGAGUUAAAUGAUCCAGAAAAUGCUGUAAUUGGAGCAGUAGCUGGGGCAAUAACUGGAGCUAUAACCACACCGCUUGAUGUGAUGAAAACAAGAUUGAUGGUUCAGGGUCAAGCAAAUCAAUACAAUGGGCUUCUAAGUUGUGCCCAGACUAUUCUUCGAGAAGAAGGCCCAGCUGCGUUUUUGAAGGGUGUCGGACCAAGAGUUCUGUGGAUCGGCAUCGGUGGGUCCAUAUUCUUUGGUGUCCUCGAGAGGACAAAACUCUUACUUUCUCAAAGGCGCUCCAAGCGCUCCAUAUCUGAAUCUUCAAAGGAAGAAUAAUACAAAUCUCUGAGUCUUCUCAUUGAAGUACUAUGAUCCAGAUUGAAGACUUACGAUUUGGCCCAAUCUUUCUUCUGAAUUAUUUGGUGGGAAUAGAAGUAGCACUGAUUUAUUUUUUUUCUUUUGCUUCAAGUUAAGAUGCAGGGAGUUUUUGUAUGUCAAAUUUAAUGGUUCUACUUGUUAAUUUGUGGGAGAGAGAAAUAGGGCAAUUUGGUGCUUAGUUGUAUUUGCUUUCCUAUUUUGUAAUUUAUAUAUUUAUAUUUAAGACCAAUUUAGGGAUUUGAAACAUAGUGAAUUUCCGUAGUAUUAAGUGGU